AUGACAGCCCAAGUCUGGUACAUGGUUCCGGAAAUAGGUGCGUGGCUAACAACUGGAUUAUUUUUGUUUAGUGAUUAUGUAUAUGCCCUCCAAACCUGCAAGGACCUCAAUGCCUCACACACAAUCAUCUUCGAGGAUGACAUCAUCCUUGCGACCGGGUGGUUCAGCAAAACCCUCAAGGCGCUGGCGGAAAUCGCCCGAUUCGAACAGCACUCGGCGAAGCCGUGGCUCUAUCUCCGUCUAUUCUACACCGAGACCUCAUUAACUUGGACGAGUUCAGAUUUCGUCUAUCGAAACAUGCCCUUUGUGUUUGGGUUCUUGAUGCUGUCCACGGUAUCGUGCUUGAUCGCUCUCCGUCGCAGUCGAUACCAGCGGUUCCACCUCGACACCGCCAGCAUUGCCGUCAUCUCUGUGGUUUGCGUACCGGCAUUCACGGCGUUCAUCUACAUGGUCGGCAAAUACAACCUAAUGCCUCUGACCGGAGUAGUUGAAAUGAACAAAUAUGGCUGUUGUACACAGGGGUUGGUGUUUCCACGGGAGCGAGUCAACGGACUCAUGCAAUUUCUGCGUGAAAGGGGACACGGACAGACAGACUCGAUGAUCGAGGAAUACGCGGAUAGCCACGAGUUGACUCGAUAUGCGCUGGCACCUCCGCAGCUGCAGCACGUGGGAUUAAAGUCGAGUCGGGACAACACCGACGUCAACACCCAGAGUACGUGGGCAUUUUGGUUUGAGACCAAUGACGCGACGUCUCUGAAAAAGGAACACCAGAUGCUGUUACAGGAUGAGGACGUCAAAGGAAUGUUAUGGAACGUGACGGAUUCAGGCUCUUCAACGUGA